UCGCCGUUGUCAAACCCCCUUAACGCAAAAACCCUAACUCCAACAAUACGCGCCCCUGUCUCUCUGUCGGUGUGGUUUCAAUUUACCAAUGGCGGACGCAGUGAUUUCUAUGGAGAAACUCAAGGCUUUCUGGCACUCUCAAGUUCACGACGAAGAGAAAUGGGCUCUCAACGCGAAACUUCUCCGUGCUGCAGCUCUGUUUGCUGGCUCAAUUGUUUUCAUGCGCAAAUAUGGUGAUCUAAUGGCCAUAUAGAGAUGUGUGAUACGGGUCUCUAUGCCCUCCAUAGCAUUCAGCUCAACUGGUAGCAAUCGGUAGAAUUUUAUUGUUGCUUUCGUUUUUCCAGCUUCCGAUUUAUGCUGUGUGAAUUUUACAAUUCAAAAGUUUUCUGUGACAAUCUCCAGCAGUGAAGGAAAGUUUCUACCAUGCGGUAGUUCAAAUUUAGAGAUCA